CAAAAAUGGGUUUUAAUGUUGCCGAGAUGCUGCCAAUAGUUAUUUUCACGACAUAUGUUCUUAUAUCUCAAAGAACUUUAAAAGCAGAGAGCCGAAUUGUCUGUUCUAAAGUGGACACUAACAAUCCGUCCGAUAAGAUAAUCCGAUUCUGGAUAAGAAGACAAAGACAGCAAACUUUGAAUCCACAGGCCGAAUUGAAACGACCAAAUUUUCACCCAUGGGCAGGGAAACGUUCGGAACAAAAUUCACAGGAAGAUUUCUCUGAUGUUUUCCGAAGGGCUUUUCAUGCUUGGGGCGGAAAACGUUCAGAAACAAACAUACCUGCAAAUUUCCAAGAUGUGAUUCGGAGAGCUUUUCACGCAUGGGGUGGGAAACGUUUAGCCGGUUUACAAAACCUGAACAGUGACUUUAUAAACAUUGGACCGGAAAAUAUUCCGUUGAAUUCUGGAAAAAAUGAAAUAUCUGAUGACAAAGCUCUUCCCGAAAAAGACAACAUUCAGCCAUACACAAGCGAUGGAGAUGUUCUUAGCACCAACAAACUUGACAUCAAAAGAGAUUUUGGCGCGUGGGGAGGAAGGUAAACACGUGGAAGCCUGCAGAUUGAAGCAUGUCAGCUUUUAAAGAAACCCACAGCGAAGACAAGCACUGGUGUGGAGCACUAAGGCAGCCAUCUCCCGAUUUCCUGUCAAGUAUCUGUUUGGAUAACAAACAACGUGCUAACAUUAUGUCAAUGACGCUCUAAGAAAAAUAAAAUCAUCAAUG